GAAUAACAGCGACGUGGAAACUCGGGUGAAUGUGUUUAGGUGAAAUCAGACAGUGAGGAAGGCGAAAACAUCCGUUUGCUGCGCUGAAGCCCCGCCCAGCAGUGUCCAGCGGCCACGCCCUGCUCCGCAUCCCUCCUGACAACAGCAGCAGCAUCAGCAGCAGCAUCAGCAUCCUCCUCCUUCACAACACACAUUUAGCCCAGGACAACGCAAUAAAAGCUGCAUUAAUAACAGCAUCGUCAACUCGACGGGUCUUUCUCUCCAGCAUCCUCGCCCGUUUCUCCGAGCAGACGCCAUUUGCUCGCUCGACUUCAGACCCGACCGCUGUGCUCCGCGUAUUCUGCUCUGCUAUAAACAGCGCUUCUGCUUCCAGAUAAAGCUAUAGAUAUAUUAUAUCCUACAUCAUCAUGACGGACGCCGCCGCGGAGUGUAACAUUAAAGUGCUCUGCCGCUUUCGGCCGCUGAACCAGGCCGAGAUCCUGCGCGGGGACAAAUUCCUGCCCACCUUCCAAGGGGACGACACGGUCAUCAUCGGGGGAAAGUCCUACGCAUUCGACCGCGUGUUUCCCACCAACACCACUCAGGAGCAGGUCUACAACACCUGUGCCAAGCAGAUCGUCAAAGAUGUGCUGGGGGGCUACAACGGCACCAUCUUUGCCUAUGGACAGACCUCCUCUGGAAAGACUCACACCAUGGAGGGAAACCUUCACGACCCGCAGCAGAUGGGCAUCAUUCCCCGCAUCGCGGAGGACAUCUUCAACCACAUCUUCUCCAUGGAUGAAAACCUGGAGUUCCACAUCAAGGUCUCCUACUUCGAGAUCUACAUGGAGAAAAUCCGCGAUCUUCUGGACGUCACAAAGACCAACUUGUCUGUGCAUGAGGACAAGAACCGCGUCCCGUACGUGAAGGGCUGCACCGAGCGCUUCGUCUCCAGUCCUGAAGAGGUGAUGGACGUCAUCGAUGAGGGAAAGUCCAAUCGACACGUCGCCGUCACCAACAUGAAUGAGCACAGCUCUCGCAGUCACAGCAUCUUCCUGAUCAACAUUAAGCAGGAGCAUGUGGAGACCGAGCAGAAGCUCUGUGGGAAACUCUACCUGGUGGAUCUGGCCGGCAGCGAGAAGGUCAGUAAGACGGGAGCAGCGGGAGCCGUUCUGGAUGAAGCCAAGAACAUCAAUAAGUCUCUGUCUGCGCUGGGAAACGUCAUCUCUGCUCUCGCUGAAGGAACUAAAUCCCACGUGCCGUACCGCGACAGUAAGAUGACCAGGAUCCUGCAGGACUCUCUGGGGGGAAACUGCAGGACCACCAUGUUCAUCUGCUGUUCUCCCUCCAGCUAUAACGACGCCGAGACCAAAUCCACGCUGAUGUUCGGCCAGCGUGCUAAGACCAUCAAGAACACGGCCUCCAUUAACCUGGAGCUGACAGCCGAGCAGUGGAAGAGGAAAUACGAGAAGGAGAAGGAGAAGAACAAGAGUCUGCGGGACUCCAUGCAGAGGCUGGAGCUGGAGCUGCGGCGCUGGCGCAACGGAGAGAAGGUUCCAGAGACGGAGCAGACCGAUGCUGAUGUGGUGAAACUGGACGUCAGUGAAGAGCCGUCUCUGGAUAAUGAGAAAUCCUGCGAGCGCCAGCGGGAGCGAGAGCGAGACUCGGACACCUCCUCUAUCGUGGUGCGCAUCUCGGAGGAAGAGCGGCAGAAAUAUGAGGAAGAGAUCCGCAAACUCUACCGCCAGCUGGACGACAAGGACGAUGAGAUCAAUCUCCAGUGUCAGCUGGUGGAGAAGCUGAAGGAGCAGAUUCUGGAUCAGGACGAGCUGCUGGCCUCCACCCGCGGCGACAGUGAUAAGGUGCAGACGGAGCUGGGUCGCCUGCAGACGGAGAGCGAGAGCGCCAAGGCGGAGGUGCGGGAGGUGCUGCAGGCGCUGGAGGAGCUGGCCGUCAACUACGACCAGAAGAGCCAGGAGGUGGAGGAGAAGAGCCUGCACAACAAACAGCUGGCGGAGCAGCUCAGCCACAAGAUGGCCAACCUGAUGGAGCUGGAGGCGGAGCUGGCGCAGAUGCAGGAAGUGAGCUCACAGCAGAGGAAGCGCAUCGCUGACGUGUUGAACGGCCUGAUGAAGGAUCUGAGCGAGUUCAGCAGCAUCGUCGGAAACGGAGAAAUCAAGCUGCCGGUGGAGAUCAGCGGUGCGAUCGAGGAGGAGUUCACCGUGGCGCGUCUCUACAUCAGUAAGAUUAAAUCGGAGGUGAAGUCGAUGGUGAAGCGCUGCCGGCAGCUGGAGAACAUGCAGCUGGAGUGCCAUCGCAAGAUGGAGGAGACCAGCCGAGAGCUGUCAUCAUGCCAACUGCUCAUCUCACAGCACGAGGCAAAGAUCCGCUCCCUCACAGAAUACAUGCAGAACGUGGAGCAGAAGAAGAGACAGCUGGAGGAUAAUUAUGAUGCUCUCAGUGAGGAACUGUACAUGCUGCAGAACUCAGAGAGUCAUGUGGCAGAGCUGGAUGGACGAGAGAAGGCGGACAGAGAGGCUGAUGGGAAAAAGGCCGCUGUUCGUCCAGCUCUGCAUGCGGAGUCUCGUCAGACGCAGCUCAGCCGCCUGCGGGACGAAAUUAACGAGAAGCAGAGACUCAUCGACGAGCUCACAGAUAAGAACCAGGCUCUGGAGCUGGAGCUGGCUCACGUGCGCUCCAGUUUCAGCAAUCUGAAGCUGCAGGAUGACAGCAAGAGCGCCUGUCUGGAGCAGAUGUCGUUUCAGCAGGAGAGACACGAGCAGUCCAAGCAGGAUCUCAAGGGCCUUGAGGAGACUGUUGCCCGGGAACUCCAGACCCUCCACAACCUGCGCAAGCUGUUCGUUCAAGACCUCACGACUCGGGUUAAAAAAAGUUCAGAAAUUGGACCUGAUGAUAGUGGGGGGUCUAACACCCAGAAGCAGAAGAUUUCCUUUCUUGAGAACAACCUGGAUCAGCUUACAAAGGUUCAUAAACAGCUGGUACGUGAUAAUGCAGAUCUCCGCUGUGAGCUUCCGAAGCUGGAGAAACGUCUUCGUUCUACGGCUGAGCGGGUUCGGGCGCUGGAGACAGCACUGAAGGACGCCAAACAGGGCGCGAUGAACGACCGGCGCCGGUACCAGCAGGAGGUGGAGCGCAUCCGGGACGCCAUGAGGCUGCGUUACCCACUGCGCCGCCCAAACGCCGCUCAGAUCGCUAAGCCAGUGAGACCCGGGCAUCAUGUCACCGCCACAUCGCCCACCAGCUUCUCCUCCACACGCGCAAGCAAACCGGCCACGUCUUACAGCAACGCCCGAUUCCUGCAGGACGAGAAGAUGGAGAACAGCCCGAAGACCAACACUGUUGGAUACAGCACUGUGAGAUCCAUAGACAUACUGAGCUCCUGUCCGCUCGAUGUGGAGAACGGAAAUAGCACAGAUAUUAAUGAUAACAGGAGUGAUGUUCACUGCGGCAGCAUGGUGGACGAUGCUUCUCGAGUGUACAUCAUGCAGCAGGAGACUGCAGCCAGUUAAUCAUUUAAUAUUCCCCAGUGGUCUGCAUGCAGCCGGUCAGCCUUCUCCAUCUUCGUAAAGCUUUGGUUCUAGAUCUCUUGGCUCUGUACUGUCUUCUAUUGUAUGAAAUAAUCCUCUAUUCCUCAUGCAGAGUCACAUCACGUAUCCCAUCUCACGUAUCUCACUGUUGCAUGUUUGUCUGUUUAGUCAGAAAUCAGCCCAUAGACUGUAAAUGAACCCUCACCUACAGUAGAUACCCGAAUACACACAUCUGUAAUGCUUGCAUAUUAUAAUACAGGAGAGAACUAGAAAUAAUAACUUCCCUUUAGUCUUGCUGAGCCUUAAAGACGGACGGAUCAAUGUUGUAAGUGUGUGUGUUCAGGAAUACACACUUCUAGAUCUGCAAAACCUGCUUUUCUUGCUGAGAGUUUUUGUCUAGUGCACAUAUCUAGAAAUCCUCAAAUCAAGAAGCAUUUUGGAGACUAGUAUUGUCUUGUUUACAGAAAUAAUGAGUCAAAAUUAAACAUGUUUGUCCUUCUAAUAAUCUGCCAAUACAGUCAGCGAAAUAAUGACAUAUUAAACAGAAGUAGAUUAUUUUUCUCACUCCAGUGGCAGGUUAUUUUGCUUGUUUGAAUGAGAAACUCUCUUCAUUUUGACUCAUUAUUUCUGAAAACAUGUCUAUAAUAUGUGCAUGUCUUGAAAAUGCUGACUGAUUUAAGAGUUUCUUAAUAUUUGUACACUAACUCUACGUGAGAGAAGCAUUUCGGUGGUGUAGACUCUAUAUAACAGUGGUGUCAUUGUGUAGAUUUUGAUAAUAUUAUAUUCCAGUACUGACUACCUCCAAUCGUGAAAGAUUUUCAGUAACUAUGAUUUGCUUUGUGUUCAUUUUUCCAUCAACAGAUGAUUAGAAUGAGAGAAUAAUAAUACUGUAUGUGGAGAGAGCACAUCGUUUUACAUGUACACUGGUGAAGCACCGCAUUUAUUUUUCUGCCAAAGGUCUGAAUGUUCACCGCUUCCGAAUUCUCCCGCUUAAAUCCUGAUCAGCCAAUCAGGAGGGCAGAAAGAGGAGCGAGCGUGGUCAUGUGAUCUGCAAUCAGAUUUUGAGUUCUCCUUCAGGAUGUCUUUACACUUUCAUGCUUAGCAAGACAAUGAUCGAGUGUGUGUGAACUGAUCGAGUUACAGCGCUGAAUCCUGUUUCUUCCCCAAUCAUAACUAUUAGAGGGAAAAUAUUUCUGAAGCCCAUGAAGAGAGUUUGUGCAAUAGCGCAGCAGAUUUACCCUAAAUAUCUUUACUGAAGGUUGUUUUAUGUGAUAUAUGUACAGUGUGCUAGUUUGC